CAACAACAAUCUCACCUCUCAAACUUUCUUUUCCCAUCCCCACCUCUAAACCAAUCACAUCCCUCCAUUUCUCAUCCCCAAACCCCCCUCAUUCAUCGCACCACCCGUCUCCGUCCAAUCACCGCCGUCUCCGCCGAAGUCGAAAAACUCGGUAACGAAAUCUCAUCUCUAACUCUCGAACAAGCCAAAAACUUAGUCCAUUAUCUCCAAGACAAACUCGGUGUAACCGCCGUUUCAUUUGCUCCCGCCGCCGCUGUUGCUGCUCCUGCCGCCGCUGAAGUUGCUGUCGUUGAAGAGAAAACUGAAUUCGAUGUUGUAAUUGAAGAAGUUCCUAGUAAUGCUAGAAUUGCAGCUAUUAAAGCGGUGAGAGCUUUGACGAAUUUAGGUUUGAAAGAAGCUAAGGAAUUGAUUGAAGGUUUACCGAAGAAAUUCAAAGAAGCUGUUUCUAAAGAUGAAGCUGAUGAUGCUAAGAAACAACUUGAAACUGCAGGUGCUAAAGUUACCAUUGUGUAGGGUUUCAAUUUUUCCCCAAAUUUUUAAUUUUUGUUGUAAUUUCAAAUUGUUAUUAAGAUGUUGUAGUGUUGAAAA